CGUCACAUCCUGUUUCCUAUUAAAUUCUGCUCUUCAUUUCCGGUGAAAACAAGCCGAGAAGCCAGCCGGCUGGUGAUAUACUAAAACUUUGCGUCGAGUACACUUUUAACUUCGCCAUUAUCGCUACGUUGAGUGCAAAAAACAUUCACUUUAUGGAAAGUUGCUCAAUUAGCGCAGGAGUUGAGAAGCUCCGAAGGGAACCUCGCUCGUUGGGCCUACCAUGUGUCGAAGACAUAUAAAUCCGGGAGGCUUCAAAAUGUUAUGUAUCAGGUUGUGUUGUGUUUGAAGUCGUUGUAAAUAUGCUUAUAAAGGAAUAUCGUAUUCCGCUGCCUAUGAGCGUGGAGGAAUAUAGAAUUGCUCAACUGUAUAUGAUACAAAAAAAGAGUCGUCUUGAAAGUACUGGUGAAGGCAGUGGGGUUGAAAUCAUUGAGAACCGACCGUACUCAAACGGCCCGGGCGGCGAUGGCCAGUACACCAAGAAAAUCUACCAUAUUGGUAACCAUAUCCCAGGAUGGUUGAAAGCAAUCGUACCGAAGUCUGCUCUGCAGGUUAUUGAAGAAGCCUGGAACGCUUAUCCCUAUACCAAGAUGAAAACAACCUGUCCUUUUGUCGAAAAGUUUUACGUCGAUGUUGAAACCAAGUAUCUUCCUGAUGGUGGUUCCACGGAAAAUGUUUUCAAUUUGUCUGCUGCACAGCUCAGCAAUCAAACAGUUGAUCUAAUAGAUCCGGUAAAAGACCCCAUUCCAAGCAGUCAAUAUUCCGAAGAAGAAGAUCCGCUGUUGUACGUUUCUAAGAAGACCGGUAGAGGCCCGCUCGCAGCCGAUUGGCUGAAUCAAUCGCACAAAUCGAUCAUGUGCGCUUAUAAAAAGAUCACAGUGGAAUUCCGUUACUGGGGGAUGCAGGGUAAGAUUGAGCAGUUCAUUCACGAUGGUUUGCGGAAGCCGAUGCUGAUGGGUCAUCGCCAGGCGUGGGUUUGGCAAGACGAAUGGGUUGGUCUGACCAUCGCUGAUAUCCGAGAGUUGGAGAAAGAGACGCAGCGAAUGUUGGCCAACAAAAUGGGAAAUGCUUCGGAUCCGAACGUUGGUAAUAUCAUAACACAAGAUGACGAUGAUGGUAAUGAUACGUUGAAACGUCAACCGCCGAUGAGGCAACGAGGGUCGACGAUCGAGCUGUUGUCGCAGGAAUCCGUGGACGUGCACGCUGCUGAUCACGAUGAUGUGAUACACUCGGAGAUCAGAUGGAGGAUUGGAAGUUUCAACAGCAGCGACACCGAUGACGAGUUCUUUGAUGCUGAAGAUACUUUCAACAGCGAUUCAUCAGGUGAGGAAAAUAAUGUAAGACUCCUAAGUGUCUCCAAGGAUCUUGAUCGAAUUUCUCACUCAGGUGGAAGCAUGGAGUCUCUGGACUCAGACAACCCCCAAGAUACAAGAGAAAGUCGUUUUAAGAAGCCUCCAGUGCAUAAAACAGUUAGCGGAAGUUCAACUUCGUCAUCGUCAACAUGUCGCACGACUAUCCUCAUGUUGAUUGUUCACGGGGGGAACCCACUUGAGCCGACAUCUGACAUCAAGUCAAAGGAGAAUGACUGCGAGAGACUGAAGCGAGAGUUUCAAAAUGUGAUGCAAAAUCAUUAUAAGGAGGGCCUGGGACGAAUUGCGUUCCGAUUAGUUGAGUGUCCCCAUGUAUAUAAAGACGUUUUGCCAGCUCUAAAGGAUAUCAUCCCUCAAAUGACAGACGAACGUGAAGGAGAUCAGUGUCAACCUUCAUUCAACUUUCCUGUAUCGUCACUGUCUAUUCUGGCCGCAUGUUCUAGUGGCUAUUCAGAGAUGAUUGAUGCCACAAUUACCAGAGCGAAUACUGUCUAUCGGGAGUUCUUAAAUUCCGACGCUGGAGCAGGUUUUAUUGGCGAGGUGUGUAUAGUUGGCGACUGUGUAGGUGCCCUGCUUGCCUACGAAGCGAUGUGCCAGGAACAGUGGAGCAUUGGUAGUUUUGAAACAAACCCCUCAAAUCCUGCGAGCCCUAUCUCAAAGCAAGACCGACAUUUCGACAAUAAACUACGCAUCCACGACAAAAGUCUACGACUGAGCUGCAGCGACAUGGAUCUUCGCGAUGCACCAGAUAUGGACUUUCCUAAACGAGCCUACAGCGUUGGCAACAAAAACAGCUCCUCGCUCGAGGAUGGCCUCGAUUCAAACUCCGAAACAUACGCUGUGUCAGUACCAUUUAAAGUGAGGAAACUUGAAUUUGAUGUAUCGAGAUUCUUCGCGUUUGGUUCACCAAUCGGAUUAGUUCUUUUACACAAAAGGCUGUCCGCAUUCUCUAGUACAGGCACAGGUGCACCAGCCAAGCCAGCCUGCAGCCAGGUGUACAACUUAUUCCACCCAUUCGAACCGCUGUCCGCCCGCAUUGAGCCACUCAUUCUGCCUCAGCUCUCUCAAAUACCGUCCGUGAACGUGCCUCGUUACCAGAAGUUUCCGCGUGGCGAUGGCGUAAGCAAUGACGUCAUGGCUAUGAUAGGAGGAAGACCGGAACUGUUUCGUGAGAAGCCGAAGAUAGGAGAGAAGGUGAAGGUGUCAAGAACGUGCAGUAAUAUUAGCACAUGCAGUACAUUGUCGACUGAUGCUCUCGAUUUCUCUGUCUCUGAUUCAGUGAGGGAAGGUGUGCAACGUUGGUGGGGGAGCGAAAGGAUCGACUACUCCCUGUACAGUCCAAAAAAUUUGCAACAACUGCCGCUGUCAGUUCUGUGUCCGCUGUCCCAUAUCAGCUACUGGGAUUCGAAGGAUGUUGUGGCGUUUAUGGUUCGGCAGAUUUUCGACAUCAAUGGCACCCCAGUGCAGUCUCCUCGUAGUAAUCAGUUAGAGAGACGUUUGUCGAAUUUCCAUAUCGCCAACCCACGGGAGAAAUGGUUGAAGAAAAGGACAGCGUACAAAAUUAAAAAUCUGGCUCCUAACCAUCGUGCAAAUGAUGCCAUUGCAUUAGAAGGCUCAGCUCAGAUUGUCACAGCUCGCUUCACCUAUGGACCAUUGGAUGUCGCUGCGUUGACUGGAGAGAAGGUUGAUAUUUACCUCAUGAGUUUCCCCCCGGCCGGAGAAUGGACCCUAAUAGAUACAGUGACCACGGGAAGUGGUGGACGUGCGUCAUUUACUCUCCCGGAAGAAAGUAAACUCGGUGUUGGAAUAUACCCCGCAAAGAUGGUUGCCAGAGGUGACCAUACAACAGUAGACUGCAAUCUUGCGGUUCUCCCAGCAAAAACAGAAGCCGUCGUGUUUAGCAUUGACGGGGCAUUCUCAGCCAGUGUUUCCCUUCGAGGAAGACACCCGAAAGUACAGCCUGGUGCUGUGGAUGUUGUCCGAUACUGGCAGGAACACGGCUAUCUGAUAAUCUACGUCACGAGUCGACCAGAUUUCCAGAAAAACCAGGUUAUGUUAUGGAUGUCUGAACAUAACUUUCCGUUUGGUCUUGUCUCGUUCUGUGGGAGUCUAUCGACCGUUGACAUACAACGACACAAGGCGGAAUAUCUCAAGAAUCUCACAACUAAUAUGAAAGUUGUAAUACACGCUGCGUAUGGCUCGUCUAAAGACGUGGCUGUUUACUCGGGACUUGGAGUUGGACCAAAUGCAAUAUUUGUGAUCGGAGGGAAGAGUAAAAGGAAUGAAAAGCUAGCAACGUAUUUACGAGAUGGUUAUUCGACUCACCUUGCUUCGUUGACGAAUGAUCCAAUCUCAAAGGCUGCCACCGGAAAUUCAAGAAUAUCUCUCAGACGAGGGUGUUUCGGAUUGCCCAAAAAACAUAAACACUCUUCCAAACGAUAUUCGAAUACUUAUAGAUAGUUAUUUCCAAAAAACCCCUAAAGAAUUAGCAAAUAUUUGCCACUAAACAUCUCAACUUUGCGACAGCCAUUUGCGAUGUUUCUAAGAUUGCAUAAUUAAUUAUAAUUAAUUCAAAUUUUCCCGCUGUUUCAGAUCUCAAACUACAACUGGAGUGAAAUGAUAUUGUUUCAUUCUCUACUAAAUGAAUAUAUUAUAUCUUUAUUCUUUG